AUGGUGUCCUUCAGCCAGAUGCAAUCGUCAAAUACACGCAUCAUAGAGGUGCUGCCUGCAGGUCUCGUAGCUGUGUUUGUCGGCGGGACGAGUGGCAUAGGGGAGACAACCAUGAAGCAGCUCGCCAAGAACACCGUCGAGCCUCGCAUCUACUUCGUGGGCCGGUCUAGAGAGGCUGCCACUCGAAUCGUGGCCGAACUUCACGACCUAAACCCAGCAGGGGAAUACCACUUUAUCCAGGCCGAUGUAUCGCUUCUGCACGCCGUGGACUGGGUCUGUCGUGAGAUACAGGCCAGGGAGUCCGUCGUCAAUCUUUUGUUUCUAACGCCAGGGGUCGUGUUGACGAGCCAGGGUAGCGAUACGAUCGAGUCCCUGUACUACCCCACGGCAAUGACCUAUUACUCCCGGAUUAGGUUUAUCGUAAACCUGCUCCCACUUCUUCAGAAAGCCUCCCAUCUCCGGAGAGUCGUCACUGUGUUUGGCGCCGGCAAGGAGAGCCUUCUAGAUGGCGAUGACUUCCCCCUGUUUCCAGGGAGGUACCACCAGGCCGGGCCCUUGCAAACGACAGACCACGGCAGCCUCAGCACAAUGAUGACACUGGCACUGGAAUCUCUGGCCCUGGAAGCGCCCAACAUCAGCUUUGUCCAUUCCUUUCCCGGCUUUGUCAAAGGUUCGUCCACCAACAGCAGUCCCAAGACCGGCGGAGUCAUCCGCGCUGUAUUCAAAGUCGUCGGAGCGCUCCCUCUUUUCGAAGCUGGGGAGAGGCAUCUAUUCUUGGCCACAAGCGCACGAUUUCCGGCAAGAGACGGGGGACAUUCGAGGAUACCGACAGCGGGCGUCGGGCUCGGAAAAGGGGUUUCGGUCGCUAGAGGUACUGACGCGAGGGACGGUAGCGGGGUCUAUUCUGUUAAUUUCGAUGGGGAGUCAGUGGCGUUCAAGGUGCAGGAUACACUUCAGCAGCUGAGAGACAGAGAUAUGGUCAGAAGAGUGUGGCAACAUACGAUCAAGGAGUUUACCAGGGUCACCGGGUCAGCAUUCGUGUAG